AAGAUGGCGUCUUCCACCUCCGCUCAGACUCCGGCUGGGAAGAGAGUGGUGAAUCAGGAAGAACUGAGACGGUUGAUGAAGGAGAAGCAGCGGCAGAGCACUAACCGCAAGAAGGUAGAAUCUCCAUUCGCUAAAUACAACCCUUUGGGGCAGCUGAGUUGUGCCCUUUGUAACACCCCGGUCAAGAGCGAGCUUCUGUGGCAGACCCACGUCCUGGGAAAGCAGCACCGAGAAAAAGUGGCAGAGCUGAAAGGCGCAAAAGGUGGCACCCCAGCUCCGGCUGCCGGCGCGGCGCUUCAGUCCACAAAGAGGAAAGCGCCGGACACUGAUAACCCGGAUGCCAAGAGAGCCAAGCCGCCUCAGGUACAGCCCUCCACAUCGUCCACCACCCUUGAUAAAACGGGAAAGGAGUCAGCGAGAGCGACCCCCAGUAAGCUUUCGGGACUCGGUUUACUCCCUGAUUAUGAGGACGAGGAAGAGGAGGAGGAGGAGGAGGAGGAGGGAGAAGGAAAACUGGGGGGCGGUAGCAAGCAGCUGCCAGACCCACCGAGCAAAGAACACUCACUUUGCUCCUCGCGGGACGCAACAAGUAGUGUGCUGCCAAACGAUUCCUUUAAUACAAAUCCUCCCAAGGCCCCCUUAGUUCCUCAUUCAGGGUCAAUCGAGAAAGCAGAAAUACAUGAAAAAGUGCGGAGCCCGACCUGGCCGCACGUGGCCAGCGGGAGGCGGGGCAUGCGCGUCGCUCCGCCCCCCGCCGCUGCGCCUGCGCGCUGCCGCCUGCUCAAGGACCCGUAUUUAAAGAGACAGGCGCUCCAACUGCCGCGGCGGCUCGCGGCCUGUGCGCUCCUGGUGCGGAGGCCUGCGCUGAGCGCCGGAGCCUGGGAGAGCCCCGGGGCACACCCUCCGUGA